GUCAUCGUUUUUGUCACGUUCCGGUUUGUUUUGUGGCUAACAAUACUCGAAAAUCAGAACGCAAUAGGGAAUUAGGGUUUGAGCUUAGAGGAAGAGAAAGAGGAAGAAGAAUUUUCGUACAAUUUCGCCAUUAGAGUUUCACCCUCUGGAAUGGCGACGACGACGGCUGUUUCUUCCUUCUCUCUUUCUCUUCCUCAAGGUAUCCGUAGUAAACCCACAAACUCUUCUCCGUUCCUUUUCGUUCUUCCUCGAUUCAAUUCGAGAUUUCGAACCCUAACUCUCACUACUUCCGCCGCAACUUCCUCAAACAAUUUCAACAGUAAUCGCGAGGAUGGUUUCUCCCUCGACGAUUUCACUCUCCAUUCCGAUUCUCGAUCACCUAAUCCUUCCAAGAAAUGCUUACUUGCAGAUCUUAUCCAAGAGAUUGAACCAUUAGAUGUGAGUCUAAUUCAAAAAGAUGUUCCACUUACAACUUUGGAUGCAAUGAAAAGAACAAUCUCAGGAAUGUUGGGUCUUCUUCCAUCUGAUAGGUUUCAAGUUCACAUCGAAUCGCUUUGGGAACCCUUGUCAAAGCUAUUGGUUUCUUCUAUGAUGACUGGGUAUACAUUGCGGAAUGCUGAAUAUCGGCUUUUUCUUGAAAAAAACCUUGACAUGCAUGGUGAAGACUUGGAAAGCCACACUACAGAAAAUACUGAAUACGAUUUGAAAGGGACGUUUCCUGAUGAUAGAGAACUUGGUGAGCUUUUUGAUGAAAAUAACGUUUCAUCAACAAAGGAUAGCAAAAACCAGAACCCUUCUAAAAUGAUUGAUCAAGAAGGUUUGGGCAGAGUAUCCUCUGAAGCUCAAGAAUAUAUCUUUCGUCUUCAGUCAAAAUUGUCUUCUGUCAAAAAGGAAUUACAAGAAGUGAGGCGAAAAAACGCUGCCCUUCAAAUGCAACAGUUUGUUGGCGAAGAGAAGAAUGAUUUGUUGGACUAUUUAAGAUCUUUGCAACCUGAGAAGGUAGCUGAGUUGUCAGAACCCGCGGCUCCCGAGGUGAAAGAGACAAUCCAUUCUGUUGUUCACGGUCUUUUGGCAACCCUAUCACCGAAGAUGCACUCCAAGUUGCCAGCAUCAGAAGGUCCACCUACUGAAACAGUAAAAUCGAAAAGUGAUGAAGACUGUGCUGAACUUGUUGAGAAUACUUCGCUUCAGUUUCAGCCUCUUAUCUCACUGACUCGAGACUACCUUGCUCGUCUUCUCUUUUGGUGCAUGCUGUUGGGACAUUAUCUCAGAGGCUUGGAAUAUCGAAUGGAACUAAUGGAGGUUCUGAAUUUGACGUGCGAUGCCAAUGGAUCCGAGAAUGUUGCUUGAAGUUGUCUUACAUGUGCGUAUCACCGGCCUCUGCAUACCUGAACCAACCAAGUGUGCAAGUGACUAGAACACAGGCUAGCCCUUCGAGGUUCAGCUUCUGCAUAUAUAUGCAACUUGGAAUUGGCCUGAAAAUUCAUGUUCGAGGUAAAAUACAACUUAAGAGACUGCUUCUGCUAAGAUUAGUUUUCGUGUUGCAGUAUCGUAUUAUUGGACCUGUAAAGCAAUAAAGUUAAGUGUAAUUGUAUUUGGUGGGAAUAUACUCGUUUGGUCAUUAAGCAUAUGAAGGAAUGAAAUGCGAGUGUUCUUUU